AUGGAAGUGUUACAACAGCAGACUUUGACGUUACAACAGGAACGAGACCAGACUUUGACGUCAUUUCAACAACAUCAACACCAAACUGAACAACUUACAAAAGAGGUUGAAAGACUGAAAGAAAGAGAGGUGAAGUUAACAAGAGAAAAUGAUCGCCUCCGUUCACAUUUAAUUCAGGUAGAAGAAGGUUAUACAAGAGAGGCUUUAGAAUCAGAAGAGAGAGAAAAAGAGCUGAGAAAUCGGGUAGCUAUAGCAGAAGAAAAAUUAGUUUCUGCUUCGUAUAAUGUUGAAACUUCCAGUCAUCAACUGACUUUACAAAUAGAAGAGUUGAAAUAUCAGUUACAAGUUGUAUCGAGUCAGAGAGACGCUGCGUAUAGUCAAGUGACCAGCAUGCAGGACCAAUGUCAACAAUACGCUUCCUCUCUAGCUAAUUUACAACUAGUUCUAGAGCAGUUUCAACAAGGUACGUCUAAUGAACAGUCGGGUUUUUUCAAUAAAGAUAAUCAAAUAGCUACAGAAUCUGAGAAAUAUCAGGAAGAAUUGGAAAUGUUAAAAAAACAAUAUAAUGAUACUCAACUAGAAGAAGCCUCAGAAGGUCUGGAAGCGGCAGCUAGACUCAGUGUGCAGCUGGAUAAGAAAGAAGAAGCAAUACAAGCUUUGAGAGAUGAGGUUGUAUUAAGAGAGAAGAGUUUAAAACAGGCUGAAGAAGAGAUUAAGAAGUUAUCAUCCAGUACAGAGGCUAAAGUAGACAAAGAGUUAAUGAAAAACUUACUACUUGGCUAUUUUACAACACCACAGAAAAAACGGAACGAAGUGGUACAUACUAUAGGUGGUGUUCUUAACUUUAAUCCUGAAGAGUUCGAUAAGAUUUCUGCUGCAGAAGGGUCUGGUGGUUGGGUACCAGGAUUAUUUAAAUUUGGCAGGUCGACAGGCCCCACCCCUCCAGCUACACCUGUUAAAUCAGGUAGUAAGGCUCCUAGUUUUAAUCAGUCUUUCUCCCAGUUAUUUGUGAAGUUUUUAGAAACAGAAUCUACCCCUCCCCCACCACCUGUCCGACUGCCGGCAGAACAAAUGGCUCAAGAAUUACAACAAAAACAUCGCGAGAAGGAUCACACAAAACCACCCACAUUUAAUCCCUUCACUGCCCCACGUCAUGUUGCCAUGCCAAUAAAUCUUGACGGCAAUAAAUCCAAGGCAACAGACUCCCAUAUUUUAAUGGCCUCGUCAAAUACACCAAGUUUUACCCCUAUGUUUACUAUGCCUGCAUCCACUGAAAAUAUCAGUCAAUCCAGCUCUGGUAGAUCAACACCCUCUAAUUCCAGUAGCGCCAUUCUCAAAAAUGUCUUGGAAACUAGGUGA